AUGAGUAUAACUUUGAAGUCUCUACUAAGACCCCGAUUAUACAUUCCCUCCAGUAUCAUUGGGAUACGACCUAUAUAUAACCAUGCAAACAUUGUGUUGAAGAAUAUUACGACUCCAUCGUUACGAAGUCGAAUGUUAAACUCAAAUAAUAUACUUACAAUACCCAUAUUAUCAAGAACUUUAUCUUAUAGCAUAAGUCGAUUAAAACAUUUUAGUAAUGGAAGUAAUAAAGGAAAUUUUUCAAUAAAUAAUAAUAAAAAAUCGUCUAUUCAUGUCCCAAAUUUUAAUAAACAUCAGCCAAAAUUUAGCAAGAUCAAACCGGAUGCCAUAGGGACGAUUGUAUCGGGAAAGGGAUUUAAAAAUGAAUUCGAUGAUCAUCCAAAAAAAUUGAGAGAAAAGAAGGAUAACAUGCAUAGUAUUAACGAUAAAUAUGGAUCAAAAUAUCAUAGUAAACAUAUAUCAGUAACUGAAAUAGAAUAUCCCAACAGUUCGAAGAACGAAACCAAUAAAGAUAAAAAGAAUACUGUUCUUCCAACAACGACAACCGCAACAAUUACUUCUGUCAACCUUGCCUCUGAAGUAAAAAUUGCAAAUCCAUGUAUUACCAAAACAGAACCCGCUUCAAUCAAAGAUAGUAGUUCCGAUGUUGCAAAUCAAAUUAACGAACUCGAGACCUCUCAGAAAAUACAAAUUAAUUCCUUAUUGGGAUCAGGAUCUCAUGUAAAUCAUUCUUUUUUCCAAAAGAUAAAAGAAAAUAUCAAGUGGUUCUUAAUAAGAAAUAAAAACAGACCAUUUUCUAAAGAUGAACUUGGUACCCUAUUUUCUUGGUUGUUUAUAUCACAGAUAGUAUGGCUGGUAUUGAAGACAACCACCGUUGUUUCAUUACUUUUAUUAACUUUCAACACUGUUUUUGCCAAGGAAUUAGUCGCUCAAACUAUUGGUAAGCUUAUCAAUUACUUUAGUGAAGAUAUUUCUAUAAAUUUUCAAGAUGCUUUGAUACCUGAAUGGAAAAGUGGAUUUAUUAAGUUUAAGGAUGUUCGACUAAAUACAAACAAGAAUCAGGAAAACGAUAUAUUAGAAUUUCAUUUAGUAUUCCAUGAAAUCGAGAUAAAUUUAUCUUUACGUAAAUGGUUACAAGGGAAAGGUUUAAUUAAUGAUAUCAAGGUCUUUGGAAUAAGAGGCGAAACUGUUAUCAAUUAUAAAGAAAAUAAAAAAAUUGAAAAUUCCCAGGAAUUAUUACUAGACUGGUUCUCGAAUCCAAAUUAUAAAUUAAUGAAUGUUAAUAUUUCUGACUGUAAGUUUAAUGUCAUCGAAAAUUUUGCGGAUAAAUCAGAACCCACAAAUGUCAAAAUUCGUAUAUUCAACUUAGAUAUAUCUGGGUUAAGAUUUAAUCAAUUAUUAACAGAUUUCUUAAAGGCUAACGUUAUUACUGGAUCCAUUAAUAACUCUUUGUUUACAUUCCAUAAGAGACAGCAUAAAUUAUCUUAUAUGGGUGAUAUGAAGAAUGACUUAUCCUCUUGGGACAGAAUCACAAGACUGAGAUUAAAUUCCAUAAACGUGAAUACCUUGGGACUAAAUAAAACAAGAUCGUUUAACUGGAUUGAAGACGGAGAUGUCGAUCUUGUUGCUGAUAUAAUGUUACCUCAAGAGACUGAUGAUUCCGAUUUACAAGAUAAUGAUAGAUAUUUAUUAUUAGAUUUGAGAUUUAAAUUUAAGGAUUUGAAAGCCUCAUUACCAAAAAUUCCGCCCACUUUAUCUACAGGAGAACAAAUCAUCUCACUUGAUGAAUUAAAACCUGUAAUAUCUUUCGUUAAUCUACAGAGAAUAUUGUCACGCUCAAAUAAUUACACUAAUAAUGAAAUAAACAAUAUUCUAGUUGACGAAAACGAUGAACAUUCAUUUAGUAAAUCUACCCCUAACGUUUCUAUUAAAAGAAAAAGAUCUUAUCCAAAUAUUACAGUGAUUCAAUCAGAUACCAAAAAAGCCAAUAAAGAAAAUGAAACUGAUCUAUCUGGGAAAGCAAAUAACGCUACAUCCAUUAUCAAAUUUCAUCCAACACAUAGUAGUAAUCAACCAUAUAAUACAGUGAAUUCAUACAAUUCUUCUUCAGAAGGAUUUGAUAAUAAAAAUGAGCUAAUGCUACAUUGUAGAUUAGUUAAAAAUAUUAAAGAUUUAGAAAGGGUUAUUCUAUUUGAAGAAACUGGCAUAUACGAUCAGAUAUGUAUGGAGUUGUACGUAGAUUUAAUCAAAACCGUCGAAGAAUGGGAAUUUAAAAAUAAAGACGAAUGGAUGAAGGAAUGGGGGACGACAUUUGCAUCUCAGUUGCUGUUGUUUGGUUUUACAAAUGUAAUGUAA